AUGGCGGACAAUGCGGCGACGCCGGUGGCGGCGGCGGCAAGCAAGCUGUGGAACAUUGUACGUGUAGUGGUGUUCAUGUUGAAAAAGGGAAUAGGCAAGAGGAAAAUAAAGAUCAAUCUCAGUUUAUUGGUGAAACGGGGGAAGAUCGCCGUCGGCAAGGCCAUCGCUGGCAGCAUCAAACUCCACCACCAUUACGCAUCAUUAACCUGCCGAUCACACGACUCUUACCUCUCCUUUAUCUCUCCCAGCGACUACGAGUUCAGCUGCAACAACAGCCCCGCCCUCCCCUUUCGCGCCAUGGCAAACAAAAAACGCAAGCACAAGCCCUGCAACCACGACGACGUUUCCACAUUCAAUGCCUUCCGGAAGGUUCUUGUCGAUAACCUCGAGGUGGAGAAUUCGCCGUCUGCGACUUUGCCUGGGUUCGGCCAGAGCCCUGCCGGGAGGCAACUCAGAAUCACCGAUUCGCCUUUCCCCCUGAAAGACGACGACGAGGAUGGAGAUGGACAAGUCGACAAGGCAGCUGAAGAAUUCAUCAACAGGUUCUACAAAGACCUGAAUUUACAGAAAAGAAUGGCUGCUUCCGAUUCACCUUACAAUAACAUAUGGGAGAGAUGAAACAUAGCUAUGUAUUCAUCCAACGUACAACGUAGUUAUUUUCUUUAUUUCUUAGUUUAGUGUGUUGAUUUGAUCUUCGUUUAAAUGUUCACACUGUAACUUUGGUGCUCUUCUUCUUCCUGUAAUUUUCCCCCAUUUUGACUGCUCUGCUUUCUUUUUCAUGUUGCUGUAUUGAAACUUUGAAAGUCCCGUUUUCUCUA